CAUGUGGAUUCCAAGCAGGCUAAAAAGAAAAAGAACUGAUUAGACCUCAGACGACCCACUAAACGGGAUGACGGCCACAGCUGAGGUAGAGACACCAAAAAUGGAGAAGAGUGCCUCCAAGGAAGAGAAGCAGCAGCCUAAGCAGGACAGCACAGAGCAGGGCAAUGCUGAUUCUGAAGAGUGGAUGAGCUCUGAGAGUGACCCUGAACAGAUAAGCCUUAAGAGUAGUGACAACAGCAAGAGCUGCCAACCUAGGGAUGGUCAGUUGAAGAAAAAGGAGAUGCCCUCCAAGCCACACCGCCAGCUCUGUCGAUCUCCCUGCCUAGAUCGUCCAAGUUUCUCCCAGAGCAGCAUUUUACAGGAUGGUAAACUUGACUUGGAGAAGGAAUACCAAGCUAAGAUGGAGUUUGCGCUAAAGCUGGGCUAUGCAGAGGAACAGAUUCAAUCAGUGCUAAACAAGCUGGGCCCAGAAUCACUUAUUAAUGAUGUAUUAGCAGAGCUUGUCAGACUUGGGAACAAAGGUGAUUCAGAAGGGCAGAUCAACUUGAGCCUGUUAGUGCCUCGUGGGCCCAGCUCCAGAGAGAUUGCAAGCCCUGAAUUGUCUCUUGAAGAUGAAACAGACAACAGUGACAAUUUGAGGCCAGUUGUCAUUGAUGGAAGUAAUGUGGCAAUGAGCCAUGGGAAUAAAGAAGAAUUCUCCUGCAGAGGAAUACAACUUGCGGUGGAUUGGUUUCUAGAUAAAGGCCAUAAAGAUAUUACUGUAUUUGUGCCUGCAUGGAGAAAGGAGCAAUCCCGCCCUGAUGCACCAAUUACAGAUCAAGAUAUUCUACGAAAACUGGAGAAGGAAAAGAUUCUCGUCUUCACACCAUCCCGAAGAGUCCAAGGCAGGAGGGUUGUCUGCUAUGAUGAUCGGUUCAUAGUCAAACUGGCUUUUGAUUCUGAUGGCAUCAUUGUGUCCAAUGAUAACUACCGAGACCUUCAAGUUGAAAAGCCAGAAUGGAAGAAGUUUAUAGAGGAGCGGUUGCUGAUGUAUUCUUUUGUGAAUGACAAAUUUAUGCCUCCAGAUGAUCCAUUAGGACGCCAUGGCCCAAGCCUUGAAAAUUUCUUAAGAAAGAGACCCAUUGUUCCUGAGCAUAAGAAGCAACCAUGUCCUUAUGGCAAAAAAUGCACCUACGGCCACAAGUGCAAAUACUACCAUCCGGAGCGGGCCAACCAACCCCAGCGUUCGGUGGCUGAUGAGCUCCGCAUCAGUGCCAAACUGUCCACAGUGAAAACUAUGAGUGAAGGCACCCUGGCCAAGUGUGGCACAGGGAUGUCUAGUGCCAAAGGUGAGAUAACCUCAGAGGUCAAACGUGUGGCCCCCAAGCGCCAAUCAGAUCCCAGCAUCCGGUCUGUGGCUGUGGAGCCUGAGGAAUGGCUGUCCAUUGCCCGUAAGCCUGAGGCUAGUUCUGUCCCCUCGCUUGUGACUGCCCUAAGUGUUCCCACAAUCCCACCCCCAAAAAGCCAUGCAGUGGGUGCACUCAACACCCGUUCGGCCAGCAGCCCAGUGCCAGGAUCCUCCCAUUUCCCCCACCAGAAGUCCUCUUUGGAGCAUAUGGCCAGCAUGCAGUAUCCUCCCAUCCUGGUUACCAACAGCCAUGGGACUCCUAUUAGCUAUGCUGAGCAAUACCCAAAGUUUGAAUCCAUGGGGGACCAUGGCUACUAUUCAAUGUUAGGUGACUUCUCCAAACUGAACAUCAACAGCAUGCAUAAUCGGGAGUAUUACAUGGCUGAAGUAGACCGGGGGGUGUAUGCCCGGAAUCCUAAUCUCUGUCCUGACAGCCGUGUGAGCCAUACCAGGAAUGACAACUAUUCCUCUUACAACAACGUGUAUUUGGCUGUAGCUGAUACCCAUCCUGAAGGCAAUUUGAAGCUGCACCGCUCAGCAUCCCAGAACCGACUUCAGCCUUUUCCUCAUGGUUACCAUGAAGCCUUAACACGAGUGCAGAGCUAUGGCCCAGAGGAUUCUAAGCAAGGCCCCCACAAACAGUCAGUCCCCCACUUAGCUCUGCAUGCCCAGCACCCAGCAACUGGAACACGUUCCAGCUGUCCUGCAGACUACCCCAUGCCUCCCAAUAUCCAUCCUGGGGCAACCCCCCAGCCAGGCCGUGCCCUGGUGAUGACUCGGAUGGAUAGCAUUUCUGACUCCCGCCUCUAUGAGAGCAACCCCGUGAGGCAAAGACGACCUCCCCUGUGCCGGGAACAGCAUGCCAGCUGGGACCCGCUGCCCUGUGCAACUGACUCCUAUGGCUACCACUCCUAUCCCUUGAGUAACAGCCUCAUGCAACCAUGUUAUGAGCCAGUCAUGGUACGGAGUGUGCCUGAAAAGAUGGAGCAGCUUUGGAGGAAUCCUUGGGUUGGAAUGUGCAAUGAUUCCAGGGAGCAUAUGAUCCCAGAGCACCAGUAUCAGACCUACAAGAACCUCUGCAAUAUUUUCCCUUCUAACAUCGUCCUUGCAGUGAUGGAGAAGAAUCCCCACACAGCAGAUGCCCAGCAACUGGCAGCCUUGAUUGUUGCUAAGCUUAGGGCUGCACGUUGAUAUGACAUAGUACUUAUUUCUUUAUACAAAUAUGAAUAUUAAUACUAACAAUACACUAACACAAUAAUUAUAGUAACUAAUAAUUUGUAUUGCGCUUUACAAGUUACAGAGUGUUUAUAUCAUUUAAGCGCAUAACAACCCUGUGAGGUACGUCUUACUAACAUCCUCUUUUUAUAGAGAAGGAAGGUGAAGCUCAGUGAAAUUAAGUGGCUAGCCAGGGUCCCACUGCUAGCAAAUGACUAAGUCAAGACACACACCCAAGUCCUCUAAAUCCAAGUCCUAUGCCCCUUUACACUGCACCAUGCAGGUAAUGGAGGACAAAACCCGGGGGAGAGGUCUAGACGUAAGAAACCCCAGAGGAUUCCAUUACCAGAGUUUUCCUUUUUCUCGUUUUUUUUUUUUUUGAGACAGAGUCUUACUCUGUUACACAGGCUGGAGUGGCACUAUCUCUGCUCACUGCAACCUCCGCCUCCAGGGUUCAAGCGAUUCUAUGACCUCAGCCUCCCAGGUAGCUGGGAUUACAAAUGUGUACCACCAUGCCCGGCUAAUUUUUGUAUUUUUCGUAGAGACGGGGUUUCACUAUGUCGGCCAGGCUGGUCUCAAACUCCUGGCCUCAAGAGAUCCACCCGCCUCGGCCUCCUAAAGUGCUGAGAUUACAGGUGUGAGCCACCGCACCCAGCCUACCAGAGUUUUCAUAGUCACAUAUUCUAUAUUACAAAGUAUGGAUGAUAUAUCCAAUUUAGAGAGCAAAAGCAUCAGGAUCAGAUCAUAUGUUGAAUUAACCUUUUAGGCUUUUUCUAAUAGAAAUAUUUAAAACUAUUUAAAAGUAAAUGCAUACUUUAUUGCAUGGAUAUCCGAUCAUUCAAUCUUUAUUAACGAAGCUAUAGGGUCACAUUGAAGCUUCUAGAACUAUAUUUUAAAUCUAUUAUUAGCAAUUAUAUUGCAUGUAUGAAUAUAUAUAUUUGGUUUGAGAUGUGUGUGUAUCUCUGUAUAACCUUUUAUAUAGUGAUAAUGAGAGGGUAGGCUCUACACAGUCCUUCGUCUAUAGCUGUAUAGGUCACUAAUCUGACUUGAUGAUUUUAAGUCACAUUUCAUAGUUUCAACUAGUUAUGAGAGUGAAAUUAUAUGGCAAUAUUUGAACAUUGCUUUCUUAGGCACCAGAGCAAAGCAGCUCUGUUUCCUUUGCACAUUUUACCUGCCAACAUUUAUUAACAGUUAUUAGCUUCCAAGUCUCUUCACCUUAGCAAAUCAGGGAUCAGGUUGCAGUCUUCUGCAGAGGAACUGAUGGUUAAGCUCAAGUUCCAAGCAUAGUAUGUGUGUGCUACACAAGCUCAGAAGAGUGACAAGGACCAGGGGACUUACUACCACAAUCCACUUCCCUUAUCCCAGGAGAGAUGGCCAAACACGUGUGGCAUUAAAUGGUGAAUAAAAAAAAGCUCCACUCAAGGAGGGAUUAUUGGAUGCUCUUUGGACUUCCAACCUAUGCAGUAUUCAACAUCACUGGAUGAAAUGUAAUGGAGGACAGUGCACAGCCAUGUAUCCACUUUCUCUUCCUGUCCACCCUUUGGGUAAUAAGGUCAAUCAUUGGUGGAACAGAAUUUCUCUAGGAAACAAAACCAGGGGAUUUCCUAUGUGGAAAAAGGAAGUUUCCAAAAGGGGAUACUGCAUCUUUACUAAUAGCUGGCUCAGUUAUGCACUUUAAAUCCACGCAAAGAGAGUGCACUUGCUGUUAAAUAAUUGUUAGAUGAGUUAU